UCAACCCACAAUGUUGAUGCAGAAUUUAUUUAGUGAUUAAUUAAAAUACAUAGAUUUCCGACAGAAACUCCGGAAUAACCGGCCCAGAAAAAUAUGCAAGUUCGAUGACUUAGCGGACAAAGUGCACAGAUCUGUAUCAAUCGCACAGAGCCAUAGAAUCUCAGUCAGAAGUACAACCCGAAGAUUAUCAACGCCGUGAUGUCGGAGGAAACGGAAUUUCUGGAGGCAUAUGCCCGAAUUCAACAGGCCUACAAAGCUGCAAUGACUCAAGUCGAACAGGCCAUUGAACACGAGGAGCAGGAAUCUCAGGAGCAGGCCAUAGAGGCCUACGAGCAGGCCCUAAAAAUGAUAGAAGACACCUUUGGAAUACCAGUGGGACUGCCGGACGAAAUUGAUGCCGUGCAGAGCGAGUGGAACGAUGCCUGUGCGCUCAUCCAAAAGCUUAAAAGUGCCAAGACAGAGGUCAGCUAUCGGCUGAAGGUUCUUCGAACUCGGAAUCAACCCAUAGAUGACACCGCCGUGGAAGCCAAGGAGGAAACCCGCUCUGAGGUAGAUGCAAAGCGACCGCUGCUGUCGGAGAAUCCCUCUACUCAUUACGACAUAGCCAACGCCGGUGGCUCGCCGAAAACCUAUCGUGAACUGGCCGAAGGCUUGAGGAAACUUCUAGCCGAUCGAGAUUCUCAAGCCCAGCUGGAUGAGCUGUUCCAGGCACAAGUCAAGCUCUACAGAAUAGAGACUACCGGUGCCGUGAUAACCAUAAGCGGAGCCUCCACCAUGUCGCUAGUCAUGUGCACAGUGGGGGGUCGUUGGAAGUACCUAAGCGGAAUAUACUUUAUCCAAUGCUCGAUGCCCAACGGGGAGCCAGGUAUGAUCUGGCUAUACCCGCUCAUUCCCUCCAUCACCAACUGCUAUCGCACCGAGUAUGGGGCUUUCAUUUUUCCCGAUAUGGAAUGUCAGCAGCCGGGCAAUGCCUUUGGCUUGAUUCUGGCCAAGGAGGGUUUGCGUCCACUAAGCACCACAGCCGGGGAAUCCGAGGAGGAGCAACUUCAGGACUUGCAGCAGUUCUUUUUGGAUCUUCUGGAAGCCGUGCUUGCUGGCACCGUAGAGCAGUUAAAGUCCCCCACCUCUCAACGUGCUGGCUUCUCUUCCGAUGCCGUUUCCGGCUCGGAGCAGGUGUCCAGACACAUUGUGUGUGCGGCUGACUUUAUUGCUCGCAACUUGGUGAAGGGUGCAGAAAAAACUGGAGGUCUUAUGAUGAAGAGCACCCCGUAUCUCAUCUCCAAGAUGACGCCAGCCUCUGCUGACGCUCCAGCUCAAGUUCCCAGCUCUGUUCAGACAUCGGUGGAAGUGGCUCAGAAGGUGACCCAUGCUGCGGCUGGGAUGACGGGAUGGAUAGCCGGAAAGGUGGGCACAGCUUCACUUGCAGUAGGACGCUAUUUAGCUCCUCACAUUCAGGAGCAGGGAUCGCGACUAUUGCAGAAGGGAUUCGGCUAUGAUAGCAGCCAGGCUAACAGCACCAUGGAAGGAGCUAUGACCAUUGCGGCGGGGGCUGUGGAAGGCGUGAGCACUGUUUUCGACGGUCUGGAGUCAUCGGCCAAGAUACUGGGUAACAGCCUUAGCGAGAACUCUGUCAAGAUCAUUGAGCACAAAUACGGUCAGCCAGCGGGAAACCUCGCGAGUGGCACUUUUGAUGCGGUGGGAAAUGCUUUUGUGGUUAGCCAAAAUGUGAACUACAUAACGCCCAAGGGAAUCGCCAAGAAGAUGGUCAAAAGGACAGGUGAAGCCGUGGUUAGCGACUAUAAACGGGACCUGCGCAAGCCUGAAUCUCAUUACAUUAGCGCCGGAGCCCUUUACCCGGACCUAAGGGCCUUAAAGGAGUAACAAUACAAUCCAAAGAUAUUCAAUUUAUUAAUCGUUGAUAUUUGUAUAUGAUAUUAUAUGCUUUUUAGCUUUUAUAGUGUUCCUCGAACAUUUGUUCAUUAUUAAAAAUAAACCACAUUCUCAUUAUUAUUAAA